CAGAGAUAGAAACGAGUGGGACGGCGGGCCUCGCGCGCAUUUCCUCGCGCGCGGCAGUUGAGGGCUUUGGCCCCGCCCCUUCCCUUCAGACAGAGGCGAGCAAAAGGCUGAGAGGGAGCUCGGGACCUUUCAGUUUACAGACGCGGUGGAGGCAGCGGCAGGCCGUCCGUCCGACCGUCGGUGGGAUCCACCAGCCGAAGAACAAGCCUCCUCUCCCGGUGAUCGGUGGAGUCGGUGCAGAGAGGAACAGCAGCCCCCCAAAAAAAGGGGGGGCAGAGACAAUAAUUGCCUUUCUGCCUGCCCCGCGGGGAACAUGGAAUAUUCGACUUCAUCCUUCUUCACCUGCGAGCCCCUCCAGUGAAAUAUUCCUGAUGAUGGACGCCGCUGCAGAAGCCGCAGACGUCCUCAUAGAGCCUGGCGACGUGACGUCAUGCGCCGCCGUUCGGUGCCCCUCCCCUCCAUCGUACAACCAGAGGGCCGAAGAGGAGUGCCACAAUAUAGCAAAGCUGGAGAAGGAGAGACACUGUAACAAGGUUAAACCAAAGAAAAAAGUCAAGCCCAGAGGAAAGUUAUCCCGAAGUUCAGCCGUCUGGGAGGAGACCCCCCCCUCUGAAGAAACCGUGAGAAAUACAAACACAUCUGGGUGCCAUGACGACGCAACUUCCUGCAAGGAGGAAGAGCAAGAACCAAAGGAGGACUCACCAACCAAAGAGUCCAGUGAGGAGUACACCGACUCCACUGGCAUAGAUCUGCAGCAGUUCAUCGUGGACAGCCUCAACAGCAACCCGAGAGACCGUUUGAUGCUGCUCAAACUGGAGCAGGAUAUGAUGGACUUCAUAGGCAGUAAUAGCCCCUUUAAGAAGUUCGCUCCCAUGUCGCCUUACCACCGCAUGCUGGUCCACAGGGUGGCGGCCUACUUUGGCAUGGAGCACAAUGUGGACCACACAGGCAAGUCUGUCAUCAUCAACACCACGAGCAGGACACGCAUACCGGAGCAGCACUUUCUGGACAUGGUGCACAAGGGCAAGAGCGAGGAGAUCCAGCAGUGGAAGACGAUCCUGAAGAGAGACAACAGUUUCGAUGAACAGAGUCGCUCCCACCUUUUACGGCCAAGCAGGUCGAUGGAGGAAAGGGAGGAGGAGUACCAAAAAGCUCGGGAGAGAAUCUUCAACAAAGAGCCACUCGGCCCACAGGAGAGCACUCGAGCAGAAACCAGGGACACGGAGGAGUACAACCCGUACGCUGAGACCCAGAGGAGAAGGCAGCUCUUCAGAGGGAGUCGUAACAGCUCAGGCUCCAGCUGGACGGGCAGCAGCAGCAUGCAGAGCAGCAUGGAGACCGACGGUCACUAUAGCAACGACCCCCGACCUUGGAGCAGCACCGACUCCGACUCCUCCUACCAGUGGACGAAUCCGGCGCCCAAACCCCACCAGCCUGCCAGCCACAACUGGGACACACGAGGCUCCAUCUCUCUUUACAGGCUGCCAUCCACAUGCCCCCAGCCUUCUUCCCCCAUCGUCGAGGAGCCGGCCCCGAAUCCCGUCUACAUCGCGGAGACUGAGAUCCCACCGGGGAGCAUAUUAGUGAACCCACGCACCGGACAUCCUUUCCUCAACCCCGACGGAACCCCUGCUGUGUACAUCCCCGCAGACAAUCAGCAGCCAAUCAAAAGCCAGACUCAGCUGCAGGCCUGCCCCCCUCCGCCGCUUCAGCAGCAGGUGCUUCAGUGCUCGUCCGUGUCUUACACAGCCCCUCAGAUGGUGCACGUCGUUCCCUCGCAGCCCUACUCAACCAUUGAAGACCUCUCCUCGCAGUUUGCUCACGUGACGGUGGGCUGUCCGUCCACCGCAGAGCCUCCUCCUCUCUAUCACCCUAACCACGGCUUCACCUAUGCACCUCCAGCUCUCCCCAACCCCUCCAGCUACUGCCAGCCUCCACCUCAAGUGCCUGGUUAUUAUUACAGCCAGAACCCUCUGACGACUCAGUAUGGAUGCAGCUCACCCGGCCAGCAUGGCAUGACCCAAGCGGCGCCAGCGGCCCCAUCAGCAGGAAGCUUUCCUCCUGCUCUGAAGAUGCAGCAGUCUCCCGGCAACCAGCCUCAGGCUGUGCUGGGGACCUACGCACCAGUUGCCCCCCACCAGUGUAGCAUUGCUCAGCAGGGAGGUGUCCCAGUGCCCUUUCCUCAAAGUAAAGUUGUGACCGGAGGAGCGGCCGAUGUGGCAUACUGCUGCGUCGUGGCUCCGCCCCCUCAUCACAGCGGCAGCUGCUUCCCUCCCGGCUGCACCAGCCUCGGCGCUCCGGUUUGGACCUCGCAGUACUGAAGAGCGUUUCUCCAGUUCCUGCACUGAUGCACAUUUCCCCUCCAUCCAUCCUUCAUCAAACUUCCUCAUAGCGAUAUAUGCUCCACCAUACCAAAGCUUAGUAGUAUACAUCAGAUUUACUGUACUGAAUGCAUAAUUUAUAUACACAAAUGGAGUUUUAUAUUAUUAAAUUAUAUAUUGUGUUUUAAGAAAAUCCACUGUGUGAAGAAAAUAAAGUGCUGUGGCUUGACUUGA